CGCUCAUCCAUCUGGCACCGUCGACCUUUCUCGUCUUCCUCUUGUCCCCUAUUCUCUCAAUCUAAUUCCUCUAGUUUUUAUCAGGCUCGUUUUCUUAGAUCAUGCCGAACAGACAGUGGGAUACUGGUAAAGCCGCGUGGUUGUAUCCCCUGCGUGGUGUCUACUAUUUUGCAUCGCAUCGUUAUCUUUGGCCCUUGUUCAAGACUCGCCUGAUCCCGAUUGUGCUGCUCUCCGCCUUCAUCUACGUUCUGCUCUUCCUGUUUGCAUACCUGCCCCAGGUGGCCUUCCUCUCCAUCUUCCAGGGCGUUGGAGCGUGGAUCAGUGGUGCAGUCUUGGUCCUUGGAGAAGGCGCUGCCAUUGUCGCUGCUCUGUUCGAGGCCUUCUUUGUCGACGAGACGCUAGUGGACAUCUUCGACUCAGUGCUCGUGAGCGAGGGCCAUGGCGAACUCGUGACCAUGUCGCGGGUGCUGUACCCCCAGGGCGAUGAUGUCGUCAAACGGCUAGGCAAGCCCACUAAGAGCGCCGUUUACGCGCCGUUUUCCCUGCGGCAAAUUGUGGAAUUCGUGGUGCUCCUGCCGCUGAACUUUAUUCCGGUGGCCGGAACGCCCAUGUUUCUCGUGCUGACCGGCUACCGAGCGGGACCCUUCCACCACUGGCGAUACUUCCAGCUGUUGGAUCUUUCGAAACCGCAGCGCAAAGAAAGGAUUCGUCGCAGACAACUGCAAUACACCACGUGGGUUUCAACCUUGUCCCCCUGAAGAUCUACCGAGGCUCAGCAUGCUAACGAUCAACCACGCGGGACCCAGAUUUGGGACGGUGGCCCUGAUUCUUCAGUUGAUGCCCAUUUUGUCAAUGUUUUUCUUGAUGUCAACCGCGGUUGGGUCAGCUCUUUGGGCCGUGGAGAUCGAGAACAAACGGGAUCUUUUGGGUAGAAGGCCCGGGCGAGAUCCCGAGAGCAUCUACCGCGACGACGACGCGAUGAUAUGAACGGGGGUUCCGCUCCUUCUUUUAGCCUAAUUUUCUUCUCUUAGCGCCACCACACCUCUUUUGCAUUUUUCGCCUACUUAUGCUCUGCCUUGGCAAUGGUGAUCUCCACGGCCAUCCUCCGUACUAGUACUGGUUUAAUGUGGUCGCAUUACAGACCGGGGUUUCUUCCAACAUUCCUUCCAUAUCUUGCUGUCUCGUAGCUAGAAUGCUAGAUAGAUGCCCGGAUAUUCCGGUAGAUAGGCGAUCAUCAUCCAUCC